UGUACAUUGAACGCACCUUUAGGUUGAAAACAAUGGCGGACGACUAAAUUUAGCGUAUUCUUACAUAUGGUAAAGCUGUAAAUAAUGGCCUCAUUUGGCUGGAAGAGGAAGAUUGGGGAGAGGGUUUCAAAGUCAGUGGUUGAGCAGUUUGAGGCCGAAGAGGAGAGAAGUGAAGGUAACAGUGAGGUCGAUCGGGAUGAGGAGGUGGACUGGCUGCACGCCAUCAAACGGAAGAAGGAGAUCCUGCUGGAGGACUGUGCUGCGAAGAGCAUGAGGCUGAAAGAGGAAGGGACCAGGCUGGCUGAGGAGGGCAGGCACUGGGAGGCCAUAAAGAAGUGGGAUGAGGCUAUUCAGCUGACUCCAGACAACUCACUGCUGUACGAAAUGAAAUCUCAGGUGCUGACCAUUCUGCAUGAAGUGUUUCCAGCAGUGAAAGCGGCAGAGCUGGCUGUGAAGUUUAAGCCAUUGUUCUGGGAGGGCUGGCAGACUUUGGGCCGAGCGCAGCUCAACCUGGGAGAGGUAGACUUGGCUGUGAGGUCCUUCCAGAUUGCCAUCCACUUGUGUCCCUCAGAGCGUAGCCUCUGGCAGGAGGAUUUGAAAUGGGCAUGGACCUUACAGAAGCAGCAGUUGGCCACCAAAGAGAAGAUUAGACAAGAGGAGGAGACCAAAAAGCAGAUUCUUAAUGCCCCUGAGCUGGAGCAGGACUACGACUUUGAGUCAGAUGAAGUCCUAGCUGCCUGUGUGGCCGUGGCUGAGAGACAAACGCACUACGAGGAGUUGAGGAGGACCAGCGUGGUCAUCGAUGCUGAGGGGAAUGUACGAAGUGUAGUGAGUGGGGAAGAGGGAUCACAGGAUGCAGAUACACCAGCAAAGGAGGAGUUUGUUAAAGCAAGAGGACUCUGAACUGCUUUCAUGUUGAACUGAUUAUUGUGGGCAAAGCAUAAAGCUAACAUUAGGAGAAAAAUAAAGCAGAAGGCAUAGUUAUUGCAACUCUUUGUGUGUAGCGUUCCCAUCCUUUUACCAUCAAAAAUACUACAAUGAGACUGCUGAGUUUUUGUGCUUAUUAUGAGUCAUAGGGCUGGUAUUGAUCGAGGCAGGAUCAGCCGCCAGAGUUAUGUUUCAGUUAACGUCAAUGUUCAGCAAGCAGCCCCUGCUUCAAUUUAUCCAGAUCCAGAAUGGAUCCAGAUGCCCCACAGUUUCACAACUUCCCACUUUCUGUCAUGUUACAAUCUACUCUAAUGUAUUUUAUCAGAGGUUUAUUUUUGUGGGGGAGCACAACAGAGUAUCUUUGUUCAAUCAUACAUGGUUGCAAUUGUAUGAAUUUCAAUGAGAGAAAUGGACUCUAUCCAUCGCUGAACCAUCCUUCCAUCACUGGAAUUCCAGCUGCCAAUCUGGACAGCUUUCCAUUAAGGGUCCAGUUAUCUUUGUAAACAGAGUCACGAUCAAUCAGGUUGGAUAGUAUCUGUGACCAUUAAUUGUAGCCGUUUGCCACAUCUACAUUGGAUUUAUGUCUGAACUUCAUCUGCAGCAUGAAUUUGCUCUGAUCACAUCUGUUCUGUUGCAACUUUUGCUGAAUAUCUUAGGUUUUUCAUCAGCAGGAAGACAAAUCACCCUGUUUUUAACUUAACCAGUCUUUCAUCAUCUCUGGCAAUCUUUCACAAUGCUGCCAUGAUUCUGUUUUAUGAAGAUGAUGCUUUCAUGGUGACCAAACACAGUUUUCCACAUUUUUGCUAUUCCAUCAAGUUUGAUCAAUAAUUGUCUCAACUUCUUUAUAUAUCAGCUCUAUUUAUUUAGAGAUUAACCUACUUUUGGAUGGACUCUGUUUACUAGAUAAUGGACUUUUAUUGGCAGCUGUUGUCACUGUAGUAGAUUUUAGGGUAUUGGGGUAAAACAAGAAUGUAAAUGUACACACAUUUCAAGGAUUUUCUGUUGGUUUAUCACAAAACCCUUAGUAAAAUACAUACAAGUUUGUCUUUUUAUUGUCAUAACAUGUGGAAAUGUUCAAAAGGGAAUGAUUACUUUACAAAUACACCAAAUUCAGUGUUUUAUUCUGAAAUGGGAUUAUUAUGGUAAAAUGGUACCUACAAAUGUUUGGACUUCCAGAUAAAAUAAAGGACUUAUAUAUAUAUAUAUAU